UCCUCCUCCGGCCGCGGCCACCGCAGCGACGACGAGGCGGAUCCUCUCUCCCGAGCGGGCGGGCGGCGAUGGCGGUCUGAUCCUCCCCCGCAGAGGCCGUCGUCGUGCUCCUUUUUUCUCUCGCGCGCGCGGGUGCCUCGGGGUAGGAAAUGGCGAUCAUGGUGGAUCCUCCGAAUGGGAUGGGUAACCAAGGGAAACAUUACUAUUCAAUGUGGCAAACAUUAUUUGAGAUAGAUACUAAGUAUGUGCCCAUCAAGCCCAUUGGGCGAGGAGCUUAUGGAAUAGUUUGUUCAUCCAUAAACCGUGAGACCAAUGAGAAAGUAGCAAUAAAGAAGAUACAUAAUGUAUUUGACAACCGUGUUGAUGCACUAAGGACUUUGCGAGAGCUGAAACUCCUUCGGCAUCUCCGCCAUGAGAAUGUUAUUGCUUUGAAGGAUAUAAUGAUGCCAGUACACAGGAGGAGUUUUAAAGAUGUAUACUUAGUUUAUGAACUCAUGGAUACCGACCUACAUCAGAUAAUCAAGUCACCUCAGGGUCUUUCCAAUGAUCACUGCCAAUAUUUUCUUUUUCAGUUGCUUCGAGGACUGAAAUAUCUCCAUUCGGCAGAGAUACUCCACAGAGACCUCAAACCUGGAAAUCUAUUAGUUAAUGCAAACUGUGAUCUCAAGAUAUGCGAUUUUGGUCUUGCACGUACAAACAGUAGUAAAGGCCAGUUUAUGACUGAAUAUGUUGUCACCCGCUGGUAUAGAGCUCCCGAGCUGCUCCUUUGCUGUGACAACUAUGGCACUUCCAUUGAUGUUUGGUCUGUUGGUUGCAUCUUUGCUGAGCUACUUGGUCGCAAGCCUAUUUUUCCAGGAACUGAGUGCCUAAAUCAACUCAAGCUCAUAGUCAACGUUCUCGGCACCAUGAGUGAGUCUGACCUGGAAUUCAUUGACAACCCAAAAGCUCGCAGAUAUAUCAAAUCCCUUCCCUACACUCCUGGUGUGCCGCUCGCAAGUAUGUAUCCGCACGCACACCCUCUUGCCAUUGAUCUUUUACAGAAGAUGCUCAUAUUUGACCCUACCAAAAGAAUCAGCGUCACUGAGGCUCUUGAGCACCCCUACAUGUCUCCUCUGUAUGAUCCAAGUGCAAAUCCUCCUGCACAAGUGCCUAUUGAUCUGGACAUAGAUGAAAACAUUAGUGCAGAUAUGAUCAGGGAAAUGAUGUGGCAUGAGAUGCUCCACUACCACCCUGAAGUUGUUGCAGCAAUGAGUGCACGAUGAUCUUCAACUCUCCCCACAGAAACUUCGCAGGCUCACCUUUUUUCCCUUCUAAAAUCGUGAUUACUGCACCUAUUGAGUAACCAAGAUGUGCAAGACUUAUUUCAUGUAUAUAUGAGCGAAAUAAGAACGUUGUAUCCUUAUAGUUGUUGUUGUGGACCGUUACUUGGUGUAUGUAUCCCACAUUCCACUGGACAAUUAUGUUGUUGUACGAGUUCAUGAAGUGCUGUUAAAUCGAAUUCAGUAA